UCCCCAGUAACCCUCCCGAGAAACCAACAUGGCGGCAGUGCCGCCGCUUAACCUGGAUAUGGAAGCCACAUCAGCCCUUCUAAAGGUUGAGCUGAGACAACCGGACAAAACUAUUGCAAUUAAACAGCUGAAUGAGCUACUGGACGAAGUGCUUAGUGUUGACAAGCCCGCAGGAGAGACAGCGGAUGCCUUGGAGUGGUGCAAGUGUCUACUGGCUGGAGGGGACAAGUUCGAGGACUUCUGUCUAUCUGUGCGUUCAUAUGAUAACGCCACACUAUGUGGCCUGGUGUGGACUGCCAACUUCGUGGCCUAUCGCUGCCGGACGUGUGGGAUCUCCCCUUGCAUGUCCCUGUGUGCCGAGUGCUUCAAUCACGGGGAACAUGCUGGCCACGACUUCAACAUGUUCCGCAGCCAGGCUGGGGGGGCCUGCGACUGCGGGGACAGCAAUGUCAUGCGGGAAAGUGGGUUUUGCAAAAGACACAGUGUGAAGUCCAGUUCAUGUGUUCCCUCUGUUCCUGAAGAUUUAUUGUUGAUGUCUGAACUGGUUAUUCCGCGAUUUAUCUUUUAUCUUAUUCAGUAUUUGAGAGAUGGAUACAGUGAGCCAGGUUCUGAUGCAUCAUCUGAAAAAGACCUUCAGAAAACUCUUCAAGUUCUUGAUCCUCAGAUUACUUUUCUUGAAGAUUUAACCAAGAUGGGGGGCGCAAUGAGAUCAGUACUCACUAAGGUCCUCACCAAUCACCAAUAUUAUAAAGAGCUUUGCACUGGUCCUGGAGAGAAUGUACGUGUUAAGAGUCAUGAAAAAUAUCUCUUUGCCUUGAAAGGUUCUGGUCUUGCAGUUCCAGAGGAACAACUUUCCAGUGAGGUCGAAGAGCAGUUGCCUGAAUCUAGCACACUACCUGUUCAAGAGAUUGCAGGUGCUGCAGAAACAAGAGUACAACCAGAUUCUUCAGAUGAGGAGGAACAGGAUGGUCAGCAAUGUGUUGGGAAGAGAAAAAGAGUGAAAUUAAGCAGCACCACCAAAGAUCAGUCUAUAAUGGAUGUUUUGAAGCACAAAUGUUUUCUAGAGGAAUUAUUAUUUUGGACAGUGAAGUAUGAAUUUCCUCAGAGAAUGGUCACUUUCUUGCUCAAUAUGCUACCAGAUCAAGAUUAUAAGAUUGCUUUUACAAAAACAUUUGUCCAGCAUUAUGCAUUCAUUAUGAAAACAUUAAAGAAAAGCCAUGAAUCUGACACCAUGUCUAAUCGAAUAGUGCACAUUAGUGUGCAGCUUUUCAGCAAUGAGGAACUUGCACGCCAAGUGACAGAAGAAUGUCAGCUGCUUGAGAUUAUGGUCACUGUUUUGCUCUAUAUGAUGGAAAGUUGCCUUAUUAAAAGUGAAUUACAAGAUGAAGAAAACAGUUUACAUGUUGUGGUAAACUGUGGGGAAGCAUUAUUGAAGAACAAUACAUAUUGGCCACUUGUUAGUGAUUUUAUAAAUAUCCUUUCACACCAAAGUGUUGCGAAGAAAUUCUUGGAAGACCAUAGAUUAUUAGCUACCUGGAUGAAUUUUGUUUCAUUCUUUCAAGGUAUGAAUUUAAAUAAGAGAGAGCUGAAUGAACACGUAGAAUUUGAAUCCCAGACAUACUACGCUGCAUUUGCUGCUGAACUUGAAGCCUGUGCACAACCAAUGUGGGGGCUUUUGUCACACUGCAAAGUUAGGGAGACACAAGAGUACACAAGGAAUGUUGUCCGGUAUUGCCUUGAAGCCCUUCAGGAUUGGUUUGAUGCUAUCAAUUUUAUUGAUGAGCCUUCUCCAAAUCAGGUUACCUUCCACUUGCCUUUGCAUCGAUACUAUGCCAUGUUCUUGAGCAAGGCUGUGAAAUGCCAAGAAAUUGAUUUAGAUUCUAUUUUGCCUGACCAGGAAAUGUUGAUGAAACUUAUGGUUCACCCACUCUUAAUCCAGGCAACUUUAUCUGAAAUACAUAGCAACAUGUGGGUCCGAAAUGGUCUACAAAUUAAGGGACAAGCUAUGACAUAUGUGCAGUCACAUUUUUGUAAUUCCAUGAUCGAUCCAGAUAUAUACCUGUUACAGGUGUGUGCUUCAAGACUAGAUCCAGAUUAUUUUAUUUCCUCAGUAUUCGAAAGAUUUAAAGUAGUAGAUCUUCUAACAAUGGCUUCCCAGCACCAGAACACAGUUCUUGAUUCAGAUCACGAACGAUCGAUGCUUGAAGGGGCUCUUACAUUUCUUGUCAUUCUGUUAAGCCUUCGUUUACAUUUAGGAAUGACAGAUGAUGAGAUACUCCGAGCAGAGAUGAUCGCGCAGCUCUGUAUGAAUGACCGGACACACAGCUCGCUACUUGACCUUAUUCCAGAAAACCCUAAUCCCAAAAGUGGUAUAAUGCCUGGCAGCUGUAGCUUUGAGUCUAUGUUGUCUGCUGUUGCUGAUUUUAAAGCUCCUGUGUUUGAGCCUGGAGGUUCCAUGCAACAAGGAAUGUAUACACCCAAAGGUGAGGUCUGGGAUCAGGAAUUUGACCCAGUGAUGGUGAUCCUGCGAACAGUUUACAGAAGGGAUGUACAAUCUGCCAUGGACAGAUAUACAGCUUUUUUAAAACAGAUAGGAAAAGCUCCUGCAAACCCAUGGCCUCCAUACAAGAAGAGAACACCCUUACAUCACAACUAUAAAGGCCUCAUGAGGCUUUUGCACUGUAAAACUUUACACAUUGUGCUGUUUACACUUCUUUACAAGAUUUUGAUGGACCACCAAAAUAUGUCUGAACAUGUUCUUUGCAUGGUUUUAUAUCUGAUAGAAUUGGGAUUAGAAAAUUCUCCAGAAGAGACUUGUAUAGAGGAUUCUGCCACUCAAGAUCGUUGCCAUGACAGCUGGUUCCCUGGCAGUGAUCUACUGUGUAAUAUGCGUCAUGUUAUUAACUAUGUUCGAGUUCGUGUACCUGACACUGCUCCAGAAGCAAGGAGAGAACCACCAGCAAGCACAAGUUGUGACAAUUUGUCAGCAGCUCAAAACUCAAGCACAGCUCAAGUUUUCAGCUUGGUUGCUGAACGACGAAAGAAAUUUCAGGAAAUUAUCAACCACAAUAACAAUGAAGCAAAUAGGGAUGUGCGUCCAAAAUCUUCAGCCCUGAAAUGGAUAGCCCCUGGAUCAACCCCUCAGCUAACCACAGUCAUUUUAGAAGUAAAGGAAAGCAUGCUAUCUCUACUUUUAAAAUUGCACCAGAAGCUCUCUGGAAAGCAAAAUUCCUAUUGUCCUCCAUGGCUGGAUGAUAAAGAGGGAUUUUUCCAACCUGAUUUACUGAAGUAUUCUCACGGGGAUGGAGUCACUGCUGUUGAAAGAAUAUUAUUAAAAGCUGCAACACAAAGCCGUCUAAACAGACUGAGCAUAGAUGAGAUAUUCAGGAAGACGGUUCCUCCUGUACCUCCUAAAAAGUCUAGCCCAUCAGAAAAAAAGACUUUGGACAAAGAAGAAAGACGUCAGAAAGCUAGAGAACGACAACAAAAAUUGCUUGCAGAGUUUGCUUCAAGACAAAAAAGCUUCAUGGAAACUGCAAUGGAUGUUGAGUCUCCAGAGAGUGAUAUUGCCAUGGAGGUAGCUGCAUCAGAACAAGAAGUAGCUGAGCCAAUUUACGACUGCGUUAUAUGUGGACAAAGUGGGGCUUCUACAGAGGAUCGUCCUAUAGGGCUGGUUGUCUUACUGCAAGCAUCUUCUGUUUUGGGUCAUCGACGUAAAAGCUCGGAGCCAAAAAAGCUUCCUACCACUGAAGAGGAGCAGAUAUACCAAGAAGGUACCUGUGCAGCAGCAAAUGACGUAAAACUUUCCAUUUUACAGCGCUACUUCCAGGAUAGCUCGUGCCUUCAAUCAAUAUCUAUAGGCUGGGAAGGAGGUGUCUAUGUGCAAACCUGUGGUCACACUCUACACAUAGAUUGUCACAAAUCCUAUAUGGAAUCGUUGCGUAAUGACCAGGUGCUGCAGGGCUUUUCCGUUGACAAAGGAGAAUUCACAUGUCCUCUCUGCAGGCAGUUUGCAAAUAGCGUUCUUCCCUGUUUUCCGGCAAACAAUGUGGAAAAAGGCCCCUGGCAGAGUCAUGGUAGCAAGAGCAUGCUACAGCUCAUCAAAGAGGUGGAGGAUCUUCAAGAGCAGCUGGGAACUUUCCCAUCAGAAACCAAUCUAUGUAAAGAAAUGGAAGCAGUGAUGAAAGAUAUAAAAAAUACUACCCAAAAGAAGUACACAGAUUAUAGCAAGAAUCAUGGAUCUCCUGACAAUGAUUUCCUGUUUAUGUAUUCUGUGGCUAGAACAAAUUUAGAACUAGAACUUGUCCAUCGUGGAGACAACUUGUGUUCUGGAGGUGCCAGCGUCUCUGGAAAAAGAUCAUGCCUAAAUCAGCUCUUCCACGUUUUAGCCAUGCACAUGCGGCUAUACAGCAUUGACUCUGAAUACAACCCCUGGAAAAAGUUAACACAACUUUUGCCAAUGAAAGAUUCACAGGCAAGUAAUGAAGAGCGGCCAGAGGUCCCACUUCUUUUCCGUGAUGUUACGUCCCUUUUACUCAUUCAGGUGUUAACAAUGCCCCAGCCGCUGCACAAAGAGCAUUUUAUUUGCAUUGUGAAAGUACUGUACACACUGCUUUACACACAAGCCCUAGUUGCAAUAUCUGUCAAGCUGAAUGUUGAAGAUCGUCUGGUUAGGAGAUUAUCAGGUGCUGAACAGAAGAGUUCGAACAAUUCAGGGAAGUCUUGGGAAGCUCUGCUCAGUUGUGUUAUUAGUGAGUUAUCUAAAGGAAAGAUUUACGAAGAUAUAGAGACAGAAGAUGCAACCAUGAUGCGCUCUACAAUGUGGUCUUCACAGUCUAUUGAGCAUUACUUGCAGCAGUUUUGCUUACCCUUUCUCAGGAUUACAAGUCUUCUUCAACACCACCUUUUUGGAGUGGAUUUACCCAGCUGCCAGGAAGAAGAUGAAUUUACAGUUCUUUCCAACUGUUUGGGACUUUUACCAUCAUUACAUCAUGCAUCACAUCAGUUCACUAGUGCCUCUUGCCUUGAAUGGCCAGUACCAGCAUUUGAUAUAAUUUCCCAGUGGUGUUCAGAAGUGACUUCAUAUUCAGAUAAACAUGCAGAGCAUUUCAAUGUUUUGCUAAUUCAGGAUAUGAAGUGGGACUUGCCCCGCCUUCUUCAGUUGCCAGAAAACUACAAUACUAUUUUCCAAUAUUACCAUAGAAAAUGUUGCACAGUCUGCACAAAGGUUCCCAAGGACCCAGCACUUUGUCUAGUUUGUGGCACAUUUGUUUGUUUAAAGGGCCUUUGCUGCAAACAACAGAGUUACUGUGAAUGUGUACUGCACUCCCAAAACUGUGGUGCUGGAACAGGGAUAUUCCUUUUAAUCAAUGCUUCUGUCAUCAUCAUCAUUCGAGGUCAUCGUUUCUGCCUCUGGGGGUCUGUAUAUCUUGAUGCUCAUGGAGAAGAAGACAGAGAUCUUAGGCGCGGAAAGCCAUUGUACAUUUGCAAAGAGAGGUACAAAGUUCUGGAACAGCAAUGGGUAUCCCACACGUUUGAUCACAUCAACAAAAGAUGGGGGCCACAUUAUAAUGGGCUGUGAAGAUAUACAUGGUUUUUCAUGGUCUUCGUUGGCAGUCAACAAGUGGACACUCCAGCAGGAAGAAAGGGACUUCCCAAACAGUGAAGGGCGGGCAAGAGAGCCUGCAGUUAUAAAGCUUUUUAGUGAUUAGGUGCUACUAUACUAAUAACAUCAGAUCCAUGCACAUGCGGAAAGUGUGGGAUAUAAAGAAAGGAAAUGUAGUUAAAGUCCUAGGACAGUAAAUGUCUGGCAUAAACAAAGGAAAGCACAAUGGUAAUUGAAUGUUUGUGGCCAUUAGUUGAGUCAUAUGGC